CUGGAGGACAAAAGCUGCUCAUAGUUCGUUCGGUGCGCGACCGUUAGACAUUGGGUCAUGACUGGUGUGCGUAGUGUUAGUGCGUUGCAUUUAUGAUGUUUUUGCAUUAAUUAUGAGUGAAGUGUAGUGAUCAGUGAAUUGUUUAUCGACUAAUGUGAAUCAGUGAUAUUGGAUUAAGUCGCUUCAUCACAAUGAGGCGAUGUUUGGAUUAUAAUCUACUGCCUCUUAUUAUAGUUGGGUUCAUUAUUGUAUUGGAGCUACCCGCCAGUGUUUCAGGCCUAGUGUCUUGUUCCCCCAACCCCUGCAAGAAUGGCGGCUCUUGUGUCUCCUCGCCUCGGGGGGAGUCUUACUGCAAUUGUACAUCGAUGUACGUGGGCGAGUACUGCCAGCAUCCCAACCCCUGCCACACCGGACCCGGUCCGCGCUGCCAGAAUGGCGGGACUUGUAACGUUCGCAUCUCACCCACCCACGGUAGUCCGAGCUUCUGGUGUACUUGUCCCAUCGGUUACUCGGCCUCUCUGUGCGAGAUCCCCAUCGCCAACUCGUGUGACUCGGACCCUUGCCACAACGGUGGCACGUGCUCGCUGACCGCGCUCGACAAGUACACCUGCACCUGCGCGCCGGGCUUUACAGGGACGCAUUGCGAACUGAAGGACUACUGCGCGUCCAUGCCGUGUCGCAACGGCGCGACCUGCGUGUCCCUGGAGGACUCGUACAAGUGCAACUGUGCGGUGGGCUUCCACGGAGCCACGUGCAGCGAGGACAUUGUCGAGUGUCUCAACAAUCCUAGCCCUUGUGUACACGGCAAGUGUCGCAACACGCAUGGAUCCUAUACAUGCACCUGUGAGCCGGGGUACACGGGCAAGAACUGCGAGAGCGAGUACAUCCCGUGCGACCCGUCGCCCUGCCUCAACGACGGCGCUUGCAAGCAGAUCGACAAUCUCAACUACGAGUGUCAAUGCGUUACAGGUUAUCGCGGCAAGAAUUGCGAGGAGAACAUCGACGAUUGCCCCGGCAACCUGUGUCAGAACGGCGCGACCUGUGUGGACCUCAUCAACCGCUACAACUGCCAGUGUCCGCCCACGUACACCGGGGAGUUCUGCGAACACGACGUGGACGAGUGCUCUCUCAGGCCAUCGGUGUGUCACAACGGCGCCACCUGCACCAACUCCAUCGGUGGCUUCUCCUGCAUCUGUGUCAACGGCUGGACCGGGCCCGACUGUUCCUCCAACAUCGACGACUGCGCGGGAGCCGCUUGUUUCAACGGGGCGACUUGCAUCGACCGAGUCGGUAGCUUCUAUUGCCAGUGCACUUCCGGCAAAACUGGACUCUUGUGCCACCUUGACGAUGCCUGCACCUCUAACCCUUGUCAUGCUGACGCGAUCUGCGACACCAGUCCCAUCAACGGGUCCUACACUUGUUCCUGUGCCAGCGGCUACAAGGGCGUGGACUGCUCUGAGGAUAUCGACGAGUGCGAGCAAGGAUCACCCUGUGAACACGAUGGAAUAUGCGUCAACACGCCCGGCUCAUUCGCCUGCAACUGCACGCAAGGAUUCACAGGUCCGCGCUGCGAGACCAACGUCAACGAGUGUGAGAGCCACCCCUGUCAGAACGAUGGCUCCUGUCUGGACGAUCCGGGGACUUUUCGCUGUGUCUGCAUGCCAGGUUUCACAGGGACUCAGUGUGAGAUAGACAUAGACGAGUGUCAGAUCAAUCCUUGCCUCAAUGGAGGUAUCUGCAAUGAUCUGAUCAACACGUUCAAGUGUGCAUGCCCGAUUGGCUUUACCGGGUCCCGCUGCCAGACCAACAUCGAUGACUGUGUGAGCAGCCCGUGUCGCAAUGGUGGUAUAUGUAGAGACUCCAUCGCAGGCUACAGCUGCGAGUGUCCCCCGGGCUUUACAGGUCUGAGCUGUGAAACAAACAUCAAUGACUGUCAGUCAUCACCAUGUCACCACGGAGACUGUAUCGACGGAGAGAACUCGUUCACUUGCCAGUGCCAUCCUGGCUACACCGGCUACCUGUGCCAAUCUCAGAUGGAUGAGUGUGCCAGCAACCCUUGCCAAUAUGGAGGUCACUGCGAAGAUCUGAUCAAUGGCUAUCAGUGUCGCUGUCGCCCGGGCACCUCCGGACCCAACUGUGAGAUAAAUGUCAAUGAAUGCUACAGCAACCCUUGCCGUAAUGGUGCCAAGUGUGUGGAUGGUAUCAACAGAUACUCGUGUGAGUGCCUGGCAGGGUUCACUGGCCUCCACUGUGAGACCAAUAUCAAUGAGUGUGCCAGCAACCCUUGUGCCAACGGUGGACUAUGUGUGGAUCUGGUCAAUGGAUUCCGAUGCGAGUGCCCUCGUGGCUACUACGAUGCUAGAUGUCUCAGUGAUGUUGAUGAGUGUGCCAGUGAUCCUUGCCUCAAUGGAGCCACCUGCGAGGACGGUCUUAAUCAGUUCAUCUGCCACUGCAAACCUGGUUAUGGAGGCAAGCGAUGUGAGUUUGACAUAGACGAGUGUGGAAGCAAUCCAUGCCAGCACGGAGGUCAGUGUAUUGACCGGCUAAACGGCUACAUGUGUCAGUGUCUGCCUGGCUACAUGGGUACCAACUGUGAAACCAAUAUCGAUGACUGUGCUACCAACCCUUGCCGUAAUGGAGGAGCCUGUAUCGACCUGGUAAAUGCCUAUAAAUGUGUCUGCGACCUGCCGUAUACAGGACACAACUGCCAGGAGAAACUCGAUCCAUGCUCACCCAACAGUUGCCAACACAAUGCUCGCUGCUCUCCUUCUACGAACUUCCUGGAUUUCUCCUGUGCCUGCAGUAUUGGCUACACUGGCCGUCUGUGUCAUGAGGAUGUGGACGAGUGUGUGGUUUCCUCUCCUUGUCGCAAUGGAGCCACCUGCCAGAACACUAAUGGCUCCUACCAGUGUAUAUGUGCCAGGGGAUAUGAGGGCCGUGAUUGUCUCAUUAACACCGAUGAUUGUGCUUCAUUCCCCUGCCAAAAUGGAGGCACAUGCUUGGAUGCAGUCGGAGACUACAGCUGUCUGUGUGUGGAUGGUUUCGAAGGCAAACACUGUGAGAUAGAUAUAGAUGAGUGCCAGUCCGGUCCGUGCCGCAACGGUGCCAGUUGUACUCAGUAUGUGGACUCCUAUACCUGCACCUGUCCUCUUGGCUUCUCCGGCAUUAAUUGUCAGACAAACGACGAGGACUGCACAGAGUCGAGUUGCAUGAAUGGUGGUUCGUGUGUCGAUGGCAUCAACAACUAUACUUGCAUCUGUCAACCAGGGUACACGGGAAGUAACUGUCAGUCACGUAUCAAUGAAUGUGACUCGGCACCAUGUGCCAACGGUGCCACUUGUAUGGACCAUCUCAAAUACUACAGCUGCCACUGUCCAUACGGGUACACAGGCAAGCACUGUGAGGCAUACGUGGAUUGGUGUGCCACAGAUCCGUGCAUGAACGGGGCUCAGUGUCGCCAGAAGGACAACUUGUAUCAGUGCUUGUGUGCGGCUGGCUGGACUGGCAAGGUGUGUGAUGUGGAAAUGGUUUCUUGCAGUGAUGCUGCCAUCAGGAAAGGUCUGUCCCGGGAGGCCCUGUGCAACAAUGGGACUUGUGAAGACAUCGGGAACAGUCACCGUUGCCACUGUGCCGACGGCUACACGGGCAGCUACUGUAGUGUGGAGAUUAACGAAUGUGACUCACUACCUUGUCAGCACGGAGCCACCUGCAUAGACCUGGUCGGUUCCUACAUAUGCCACUGUGACAAGGGCUUCCAGGGCCAGAACUGCGAACUCAAUGUGGAUGACUGCAAGCCCAACCCUUGCCAGAAUGGUGGUACUUGCCACGACCUGGUCAGCAACUUCAGCUGCUCCUGUCCUCCCGGAACCCUGGGUAUAAUCUGUGAGAUCAACAUGGACGACUGUGUGCCGGGAGCCUGCCAUAACAAUGGCACGUGUAUAGACAGAGUGGGCGGCUUUGAAUGUCUAUGUCCGGCCGGCUUCGUGGGUCCCCGCUGUGAGGGUGAUAUCAACGAGUGUCUGUCCAACCCCUGCGCUGGCCCUGGGACGCAAGACUGUGUGCAGCUCAUCAACAACUACCAUUGCAACUGUAGACCGGGUUACAUGGGGCGUCACUGUGAAGUGAAGGUGGACUUCUGCGAGAGUAGCCCAUGCCAGAACGGAGGGGUGUGCAACCCACUGGAGGCUGGCCACUCGUGUGCCUGUCCUGAAGGCUACUCUGGGCGCAACUGCGAGUUCUUCGGCUACGACUGUGACUCUGAUCCUUGCCAGAACGGCGGCUCCUGCCAGCCUGUCGAUGGAGGCGGUUAUUUCUGCGAGUGUCCUCCAGGCACGGCUGGCACACACUGUGAGUUAGAUGCACUGAACGAAUGUGCCAGUAAGCCCUGCAAGCAUGGAGCUGCGUGUCAGGACAGAGUGGGAGACUAUGCGUGCUACUGUCCCCCUAAGUGGGCCGGCAAGAACUGUGACAACUACGACCCCAACUUCCGAGGUGGAAUUGGUCGUGCCAAUGUACAGACUCCUCCAUUGAUAUCGAUGAUGGAAAAAGAGAUGGAGAGGGAACUAGAAAAGUGCAAGCUGAACAACUGUAGGGCCAAGUCCGGUAACCGUCGCUGCGACGAAGAGUGCAACACAUUCUACUGUCAGUUUGACGGCAACGACUGCUCACUAGGCCUGCUCCCUUGGAGCAACUGCACCGCUCCCAUCAACUGUUGGGAGGUCUUCAUGAACAAACGCUGUGACGAAGUUUGCAACAAUCCUCAGUGUCUCUUUGAUGGACAUGACUGUGAGAAGACCCUUCAGCCUUGCAACCCCAUCUAUGACGCCUACUGCCAGAAGCACUAUGCGAACGGUCACUGUGACUACGGGUGUAACAAUGCUGAGUGUAACUGGGACGGACUAGACUGUGAGCCAGGACACGCGGAGCUGGCUGAGGGCAUCCUUGCCACUGUCCUGCUCAUGGACAUGCAAUCCUUUCUCAACAAGAAAGUUACCUUCCUCAGAGAGAUUGGCCAGCAACUGAGGUCAACAGUGAGGAUCCAGUUGGAUGAGUCAGGCCGGGAAAGGGUCUACCCAUGGAAAAUGUCCAACAAGGACCUCGGCUCCUCAGGUGUUAUUGUAUACCUAGAGAUCGACAACAGGAGGUGUACCAAUAGCAUGGGAAAAUCAGAGUGCUUCCCCACUGCAUCAGAGGCGGCAGAUUUCCUGGCAGCAACAGCAGCCACACACUCACUGUCCACAUCGUUCCCUAUCUAUCAAGUACAUGGGGUGCUGGAUGGUUCAGACGUGGAGAUAGACUCCCCUAGUCGCAGCAAGUACAUCCUGACUGGAGUGAUCCUGACAGUGCUAGUCAGCCUGCUGUUGGGAGUGCUAGUGCAAGCACAGAAGAAGCGGGCCCACGGUAUCACCUGGUUCCCCGAGGGAUUUCUCAGAAACAACAGUGGGCAGAGACGCAGGUCAAGGCGCAGAGGUCCGGAUGGCCAGGAGAUGCGGAACCUCAACAAGCAGCAGUUGGCGUGUGUCGAGGUGUCGGGUAUGGGAGCUCACUGGAGCGAUGAUGAGAGCGAACUGCCGCCCAGCAAGCGGCCCAGAGACAACGGCUACUCCAGUGACCACACGGCUAUUACUGAUUAUGAGGAGAUGUGGGGGCAGACGCCACGAGCCCCACAUGCCAUACUCACACCUCCCAGCAUGGAGAAUGUGGACGUGCGGUUACCGUGUGGUAUGACACCGCUGAUGGUGGCUGCAGUGAAGGGAGGAGGACUGGACAACGGAGAGGAUGAGGAAGAAGAUAGCACUGCCGCAGUUAUCGCAGACCUUGUAGCUCAAGGUGCUGAGCUCAAUGCCACCAUGGACAAGACUGGCGAGACUUCUCUCCAUCUUGCUGCAAGGUAUGCACGGGCUGAUGCAGCCAAGAGAUUACUAGACGCAGGAGCUGAGGCCAAUUCCCAGGACAACACUGGCAGGACUCCCCUACAUGCAGCUGUGGCUGCUGAUGCAAUGGGCGUCUUCCAGAUCUUAUUGCGGAACCGAGCUACAAACCUAAAUGCAAGAAUGCAUGAUGGCACUACGCCUCUGAUCUUGGCCGCCCGACUGGCUAUAGAGGGUAUGGUAGAAGACUUGAUCAAUGCGGAUGCGGACAUCAAUGCAGCCGACAACUCGGGCAAGACUGCACUACAUUGGGCAGCGGCUGUCAACAAUGUGGAUGCUGUCAACGUGCUACUGGCUCAUGGAGCCAACAGGGAUGCUCAGGACGAUAAGGAUGAAACACCACUCUUCUUAGCAGCGAGGGAAGGUGGUUUUGAAGCUUGCAAGGCCCUAUUGGACAACUUUGCCAAUAGAGAAAUCACAGACCACAUGGACCGACUGCCAAGAGAUGUGGCAGGGGAGCGUCUGCAUCACGACAUAGUCAGACUGCUAGACGAGCAUGUACCUCGCUCCCCACAGAUGGUGUCUGUCAUCUCUAAUGGUCCUCUUAUCGGCUCUCCAAAUCACCAUCACCUAAUAAGCCAUCCCACUGUUAUCGGUGGUGGUGGUAAGCCUGGCAGUAAAGCGAAGAAGAGACCCAAAUCAGGAAGUGGCAGCCCCAACAGUCCUGAAGUCGACAUGACAGGACAAGUUAUCCGUAGAAAGCCAAGCAUAAAGAAGAGCAAGAAACCGUCUACUCUGGAGGACGGAGCUAUGAGUUUAGAGGCUACUGCAUCACUAUACAGCAAUGCAGGUCUGCCACAGCCUCCCGCAUACGAGGAUUGUAUCAAGAAUGCAGUAUCAAUGCAGAGCCUGCACAAUCUGGGUCUGGACACUGCCUACUCGUACCAGGCACUGUCAGGGUUCCAGGAUUCACCUCCUCACAGUGUGUCCUCACCCUCACCGGUCAAGAGUCGACCAUCGAUGCCUCUGUCUCCCACGCACAUGGCGGCGAUGCGAGCUGCUACACAGAAACAUGCUGCAGCCAUGCAGUUCGACUUCCCCUCGGACCUGUCGUACAUGGGCUACCCUCCUCCGGCACAGCAGCAAUACUAUCACUACCUCACGCCGCCAUCAGAGAGCUUACAGACUCCGGAGAGCUUCCCCACCCCCUCCCCCGAGUCCUCCUCCCCUUGCUAUUGGUCUUCCUCUUCCCCACAUUCCAAUUCGGACUGGUCUGAGGGCAUCUCUAGUCCAAACAACAACAAACAACCAGAUCCUAUUUACAUUUAACAAUGACCUUUGUACAAAGUUGUCUUAUUUUAGAAAUGUGUAUUUAUUUGUAAUUUUUUAGUGACUUUUUUAAUCAAGAUGGAACUAUGUGCUGGUUUUACAUGAAGGUGAUUUUGAUUUUAUGUGUGCGCAAAUUUUGGUGCAUUUUUAUACAGUGCCUUUUCUUUUAGUGAAUUUUUGUUCACAAUUUUAUGCAAUUAUUUAUUUUUAAAGUGAACUAUUUUAGUUUACUAUUAAGAUUUUUAUGUGAACAUUAUCUGUGAAUAUAUGUCCAAAAUAGUUUUUCAGCUGUUGAGUAAAUCUAAUUGUGGUACUUUGUAGAUGGUGGAAAUGUUGUUAAUCUAUUGUGAUUGAUUAAACAGAAGUACUGACAAUUGUAGUAACAUUUAGAGUAAUAAUUACACUGUAGUCACUGACUACUUCCAGGCCAGACGCAAUUGUGAUAUUCACAGUUGACUAACCAUUGAUGUAACUCGCCUUCUGUGAGCUUCUAUUGAGGCAUUGUGAAUAGUUGUAGCGUUAACACAAGGUCUGAUCUCUUGUUUCGUAUUUAUAAUUUAUACACCGUACAUAAUUAUUUUGUAUAUCUAGUUCUAAUAAUGGGUAUUUUUAUGUAUGGUUUCAAAAACAGUAAUUUGCUCAAAUUGAGGACUUUGCUCUCUUGUGUGCCUUUUGAACAAAAUUGUUGCUGUGGUGUUGAAGUGCCAGGCUUUAACAAUAGUGUCUUUCCUGUAUGUAUAUAAGUAAGUUAGGAUGUACAGAGUACAGUAUAACAUUCUGUUAAAUUAAUUUGUUACUUGAUGAAUUUAAGCUGUAUAAUUCAUCUGGCCAUUGUGUCCCUACAAUGAAGCGUGAUGUCGUGCUGAUGAUGAAAACAUUAAAAUACUACAUAUUAUAUUUAUUUACUUGUUGAAAUAAUAUACAAAUAAGUAUUCACACACAGGAUAAAAUAGCACAAAUCAGUUGUAUUGCUUUUCCCUUGAAAACCUUUAAAACAGUCGUAGGACCCAGCAUACGUGUACACCAAUAAAAUAUUCUUUUAAUAUUCAGUAGUAUCAUUAAAGUAUUAAACAGCCAUUAGGUGAUUCUGCAGUAAUUGAAUAUUUCUUCAAGAUGUCUCGUUUUUAACUCUUCAGCCUGGUUUUGAAGAUAUAGGAGUUUCUGCAGCUUUUUUCUGCUAGGUUAACAUUUUUUCUUUAAAUAUAUCCAAUCAUUUUACACAAACAGGUAUUGCUUGAUAUCCUGUUAAAUCAUAUUACCAAUCAUAGUUAUCAGUAGAAAGUUAUAAUUAUAAAUUUAAUUGAUAUGGAUUCUAAACAUGAUAAAUGGACUGAGUUAAAAAAAAUCCCAAAAAGUAAAUACAACAAUAGGUAGGAACCAAAUACUAUAGUCAUGAAGUUACAAUAAUCAAUUCAAACUAGUAUUUUAGAGAUGUAUACAUUAAAAAUCAAAAGGAGCUAUUUUAAUAAGGAAGUCAAUACUUAAAAAUCACACAGUAUAAAGUUAUGUAAAACUGAAACAAAAUUUAUUAAUAGAAAAUUGUUCUUGUCAAAUUGGUGUAUAAUAUAAAACAAAACAUGCCUUGUUUUAAAUGAAUAGAGCAAGGUUAUAUACAACUAACUAAAAAGUUAGCAUUUUAUAUUUGGUCAUACACAAAAAUGGAAAUCUUAUUUUUUUUUCUUAAAACUGGAAUAAUAGAUUACUGAUUUAAUGCAAUUUAUCUCAUUAUUAUAGAUUAAAUUUAAACAAUUUAAUGCCUGAAAAAUACAAAAGAAGAAAUGGUGGACACAUGGCCGGCUGUAUUUACAGUUUCUGUAUAAAUAGGUAUUGAUUAUGUAGAAUACCUAAUUGUAAAGAUAUUGAAAUAGCUCAUGUUGUUAUAUUGUUCGGUGAUACAACUCUUGUAGAAUUUUGCUAUUUUAUAUACAUUUUGUAAAAUAAAGUCCUUAUAUGGGUAAUCACAAAUAAGUUAAAUGUAGUGAAUAUUGGUAGAUGCAGUUUAUUAUAAUAUUGUAAAUAAAAUUACUUUUGUAAAUAACCUUUGGAAUCUCAAGUGAAUGCAAUCUAGAAAGCCAUGACACACUGCAUUGACUCAGUUCUCUUUAAAAGUCAUUUUGAUAAAGCAGAAAUAUAUAUUUUACUGUGUUAUAAGUUUAGGUUAUCGCCUAUUUUUAUGAAAAUUUUAUGAUUUUAAUAUACUUUGACAUAAAAUUUUUAUGUAUACUAGUUAUAAAAAGUUUGUCAAUUAAGGCUUUGCCUGACGUUCCUAAGUAAUAUAAAUUGUAUGGCAAAGUUUUUUGUAAAGGGUUUUACUUACUAGUUACGGUAAAAGCUACACAAUGUUUUGAUAAAAAUUUAAAUGAUCUGAUGUGUAUUUAAUUUUUGUUAAAAUCUUUUUCAAAAUUUGAAUUAUAUUGCAAUAUUACGAAAUAUAUGUAUACAUUGUUAAGUAUAUUAA